AUCAUAAUGGGCCUUUGUUCAACAAAACCAAUUACAAAACAACCUAAGUCUCUCAUUCGUCUUAUCAAGGUUGAAAAUGAGAAUUACCAUUCAAAACCCGCUACUUUGCCUGAUCUUUAGGCUAAGAUACUUAAAUUGUGGGGGAAGGUUGAAAAAAAAUUGAAUAAGUUAGUACAUUGUGAAAGAACACAUUAAAUCUUAGAAUUAAAGAAAUAGAUUCAAAACAUACUAUAUAAAUAAAAAAAUGCACUUACUUUUUCAGAAAUAACAACUGGAAUUAUUGUUGGACUUAUGGAAAAAAUAGCCUUUGAGAUAGAGGAAUUAAUAAGAGAAGAAUUGUUAAUUGAAGAAAUAACUAAUAAGUUCUAAUAAUUCUAUACUUAAAUUCUCGAACUUACUUUAGAAUACCAUAAUUGGAAGAAUUUCUAAAAUACAGAUAAGACACAAAUAUCAAGUUUUAUUUGA